CUUCUGUGAGAAGGGAGGGAGAGUCGCAGGUUGAGGGCGGGUCCGCGCGUCCUCAGAGCCCGCCGGAGCCGCGGAGCUGCAACCCGCAGACUUCUCCCGCACAGGGCUCGCAAAGGGCGUGAUUCCGAGAGCCUGAAACUCACGCCAGUACCUGAAAACCAGAGAAGACUCUUCCUUAGCCUUUCGGAUAGCACUUGAGGCCGGAGGCAUGAGUCCUGUGAGGCGUUGGGGCAGCCCUUGCCUUUUUCCCUUGCAGCUGUUCAGCCUCUGCUGGGUGCUCUCCGUGGCCCAGAGCAAAACAGUCCGAUACAGCACCUUCGAGGAGGAUGCCCCCGGCACGGUCAUCGGGACCCUGGCCGAGGACCUGCAUAUGAAAGUAUCGGGUGACACAAGCUUCCGCCUGAUGAAGCAAUUCAACAGCUCUCUGCUUCGGGUGCGCGAAGGCGACGGGCAGCUGACCGUCGGGGACGCAGGCCUGGACCGCGAGCGGCUGUGCGGUCAGGCCCCGCAGUGCGUGCUGGCCUUCGACGUGGUCAGCUUCUCACAGGAGCAGUUCCGCCUGGUGCACGUGGAAGUGGAGGUGAGGGAUGUCAACGACCACGCGCCACGCUUCCCCCGGGCCCAGAUCCCGGUGGAGGUGUCGGAGGGUGCGGCCGUAGGCACGCGCAUCCCCCUGGAGGUGCCGGUGGACGAGGACGUGGGCGCCAACGGGCUGCAGAGCGUGCGCCUAGCCGAGCCUAACAGCCCCUUCCGCGUGGAGCUGCAGACGCGUGCGGACGGAGCUCAGUGCGCGGACCUGGUGCUGCUGCAAGAGCUGGACCGCGAGAGUCAGGCCGCCUAUAGCCUGGAGCUGGUGGCCCAGGACGGCGGCCGCCCGCCGCGCUCCGCCACAGCUGCCCUAAGCGUGCGCGUCCUGGACGCCAAUGACCACAGCCCGGCCUUCCCUCAGGGCGCCGUGGCCGAAGUGGAGCUGGCGGAGGACGCACCAGUGGGCUCCCUGCUUCUCGACCUGGACGCGACCGAUCCCGACGAGGGCCCUAACGGCGACGUGGUGUUCGCUUUUGGCGCCCGCACCCCGCCGGAGGCGCGCCGCCUAUUUCGGCUCGACCCGCGGUCGGGCCGCCUCACCCUAGCCGGGCCGGUGGACUACGAGCGUCAGGACACCUACGAGCUGGACGUGCGGGCGCAGGACCGCGGACCUGGGCCCCGCGCUGCCAACUGCAAGGUCAUCGUGCGCAUCCGCGACGUCAAUGACAACGCGCCCGACAUCGCCAUCACCCCGCUGGCCGCCCCAGGCGCGCCGGCCGCCUCGCCCUUCGCAGCUGCCGUCGCCGCCGCUGCGCUCGGGGGAGCGGACGCUAGCUCGUCGGCGGGAGCCGGGACGCCAGAGGCUGGCGCCACCUCGCUGGUGCCGGAAGGGGCGGCGCGCGAGAGCCUGGUAGCUCUGGUCAGCACCUCGGACAGGGACUCGGGCGCCAACGGGCAAGUGCGCUGCGCCCUCUACGGGCACGAACACUUCCGGCUGCAGCCGGCCUACGCGGGCAGCUACUUGGUGGUAACCGCAGCGUCGCUGGACCGCGAGCACAUCCCCGAGUACAACCUGACGUUGGUGGCCGAGGACCGCGGCGCUCCCCCGCUGCGCACCGUGAAGCCCUACACAGUGCGCGUAGGCGACGAGAACGACAACGCGCCGCUCUUCACGCGGCCAGUCUAUGAGGUGUCGGUGCGCGAGAACAACCCGCCCGGCGCCUACCUGGCCACGGUGGCAGCCCGGGACCGGGACCUGGGCCGCAACGGCCAGGUCACCUACCGGCUGCUGGAGGCCGAGGUGGGCCGCGCUGGGGGCGCCGUAUCCACUUAUGUCUCGGUAGACCCUGCUACCGGAGCCAUCUACGCGCUGCGCAGCUUCGACUAUGAGACGCUGCGCCAACUCGACGUUCGCAUCCAAGCUAGCGACGGUGGUUCCCCUCAGCUUUCCAGCAGCGCCCUAGUGCAGGUGCGCGUGCUGGACCAGAACGACCAUGCGCCGGUCCUGGUGCACCCGGCGCCAGCCAAUGGCUCCCUAGAAGUGGCAGUGCCUGGGCGCACCGUAAAGGACACGGCCGUGGCCCGUGUGCAGGCCCGGGAUGCAGACGAGGGAGCCAACGGGGAGCUAGCCUUCGACCUGCAGCAGCAGGAGCCUCGCGAAGCCUUCGCCAUCGGCCGCCGCACGGGGGAGAUAGUGCUCACCAGCGACCUCUCGCAGGAGCCACCGGGCCGCGUGUUCAGGGCGCUCCUGGUCAUAUCCGACGGCGGCCGUCCCCCGCUCACCACCACCGCAACUGUCAGCUUCGUGGUAACAGCAGGGGGCGGGCGCGGGCCGGCUGCGCCUGCCAAUGCCGGAAGCCACGAGCGUUCCCGCCCGCCUGGCUCUCGGCUCGGGGCGUCGGGGUCGGCGCUGCAAUGGGACACGCCGCUGAUUGUCAUCAUCGUGCUGGCCGGGAGCUGCACACUGCUGCUGGCCGCCAUCAUCGCCAUCGCCACCACCUGCAACCGCCGCAAAAAGGAGCCCUUUGGUGCCUCCCCGGGUUUUGGAAAGGAGCCGGCGCCCGCUGUGGCUGUCUGGAAAGGACACUCAUUCAACACCAUCUCCGGCCGGGAAGCGGAGAAGUUCAGCGGCAAAGACAGCGGCAAAGGGGACAGUGAUUUCAACGACAGCGAUUCCGACAUCAGCGGGGACGCUCUGAAAAAAGAUCUCAUCAACCACAUGCAGAGUGGACUGUGGGCAUGCACCGCUGAGUGUAAGAUCCUGGGCCACUCUGAUCGCUGCUGGAGCCCAUCCUGCAACGGGCCCAACUCACAUCCCUCACCUCACCCACCAGCCCAGAUGUCAACCUUCUGUAAGAGCACGUCCCUGCCUCGGGAUCCUCUGCGCAGGGACAAUUACUACCAGGCCCAGCUGCCCAAGACAGUGGGGCUGCAGAGCGUCUAUGAGAAAGUACUGCACAGAGACUAUGACAGGACAGUCACUCUGCUCUCCCCUCCUCGUCCAGGAAGACUCCCAGACCUGCAGGAGAUCGGGGUACCCCUCUACCAGUCCCCCCCUGGCAAGUACCUGUCCCCGAAGAAGGGAGCCAAUGAAAAUGUUUAAUCCCAUGCUGCAUGUCUUCACGCAUCUACAGGUCACUCCGAGAAGCCCCUAAGUUAUUGACCGGUUUCAGUGUUGUAUAUAUAAAUAUGCAAGAUGUGCCUUAAAAUGAAGUUGUUGGAAGCUAUUUCCAAUCACAUUGGUACUGUUUGGUAUUUGCAAACAAAAACGUAGUUAAUGUAAUUUUUAUGAAAUGUGUGCAGUAUUUAAUUUUUCUUAUUAUGCUAUUGACUUUAAUUUCACUUGCAGCUUGCCAUUUUCUUAGUGUUUUUAACCUGUACAUUGUGUAAUGUAAUGUUUGUAUAUAAUGAAAUUUUGUUAUAUUUUUAUAUAAUAAAAGCUAAAGUGGAAGUUAUUGCCAAAGGAACUGUCUGGAAGACAAAAAAACAAAACAUGUUGGAAUUAAUUGAAGUUUAUCUUUCACCUGAAACAACCUAGUGUUUGAGAGAUUUUGCCUUGCCAAGUAUAACUUGUAUAUCUUGACUCUGUGGUAGAUUUCAAGUUCAAUGUUAUUUAAUUACAUUUGGUUUUCUGUAAACCGUGUCACUUAUAAGCAGAGUAAUAAAGGAUUUGUCAUGUGUUUGAAGAAUCUGCUAAUUGCUUUUCAUGAAGUUGCCUAUAGUCAGACAUUCACAAAUAAUUUGAGUACCAGAAUGAAACCUUCUUUCAAGUGCUAAUUAUUUGGGCAUUAUUAAUUUUCAUGACAAUAUUAAACCUGUGGGAUUUCAAGUAUUGCAAAAUGUCACCAAGUAUUAAAAAUAUGCGUUGAUUUCAUAAAUUAUGUGCAUCUCCAUAUGCAUUAGUCUAUAAAAUCCUUGCUCUCAUUGAUUCACUAGAUAACUAUUUAUUGAGCAUCCACCAAAAAGUGAAGAAAGCUAAGUUUGGGUUGUUCGUUCACUAAUUAAACCAGCAUCUGUAGAACUUUUACUAGCUGCUGGUAACUCCUCCUCAAGCUGGAGUUUGAGGUGAAGAAGACAUAGUCCCAAGGAGCCCUCAGCUUAUUCCGAAUGUUAGUACCAAAAAGACUAACAUCUUAGUCUUUUGGAAUGUAAUAGGUUCCCACUACAUUCUGUCCUACUUCCUCUUUCCUUGCCUUUGUCUGGAGUCAGUCUCCAAAGUAACUAUCAGCACUAUCCCACUCAAAUUAUUGGCAAAGAUGAUAUAAUGUUUCAGAUUCACUUUAAAAUAUUCUAGAAAAAAUUGGGGGCUAAGUGAAACAAGAUUGAUUUGAUAACAUCUUGGUAACUGUCAAUGUUAGCAUGUGUGCAUGUGAGGUAGGGAAAUUUCACCAGUCUCUCUACAUGUUUGUGUUUGAAAAUGUACAUAAUGCAAAGUCUUAAAAAAAAGACUCAAAUACCAUGCCUAUCUCAUAUACUCUAUGUAUUUCAUUUGAAAUUAAAAUGAUGAUAAUCAUAAUGAGGCCUAACAUUUAAUGAGCAAGUCCUUGUGUGAGCAGAGCUCCUUAUCAAGCAUUCUGCAUGAAUUAUCUCAUCUAAUCAGGAAGUAUCAUUAACUUCAUUUGGCAAAUAAGGAAACUGAGGCAUAAAGAGUUUAGGUAAAAUGCCAAAAAUCACACAGCUAGUAAGUAUCCAGGGUGAGAUUGAAACCUAGGUUAUUCAGUGCAAAAAAUAAAGUAACGAAA